GUGCAAAAUGACUGCUCAAGUAACUUUGGAGGAUGCCUUGUCCAAUGUUGACCUCUUGGAGGAAUUACCAUUGCCGGAUCAGCAACCAUGUAUUGAGCCCCCACCAUCAUCUCUUCUGUACCAGCCAAACUUCAACACUAAUUUUGAAGACAGAAAUGCAUUUGUCACGGGUAUUGCAAGAUACAUUGAGCAAGCUACGGUCCAUUCUAGCAUGAAUGAAAUGUUAGAAGAAGGUCAGGAAUAUGCAAUCAUGUUGUACACAUGGAGAAGUUGCUCAAGAGCCAUUCCCCAGGUCAAGUGCAACGAGCAGCCUAACAGAGUAGAAAUUUAUGAGAAAACUGUGGAAGUUCUGGAGCCAGAAGUGACAAAACUGAUGAAUUUUAUGUAUUUUCAGAGAAAUGCAAUUGAACGGUUUUGUGGAGAGGUGAGACGCUUGUGCCACGCAGAGAGAAGGAAGGACUUUGUGUCUGAAGCCUAUCUGAUCACACUGGGCAAAUUCAUCAACAUGUUUGCGGUGUUGGAUGAGUUGAAAAAUAUGAAGUGCAGUGUGAAGAACGACCACUCAGCCUACAAGCGAGCUGCUCAGUUCCUGCGGAAAAUGGCAGAUCCUCAGUCCAUUCAAGAGUCUCAGAACCUUUCCAUGUUCCUUGCCAACCACAACAAGAUAACACAAUCUUUGCAGCAGCAGUUGGAGGUGAUCGUUGGCUAUGAAGAGCUGCUUGCAGAUAUUGUGAACUUGUGUGUGGACUACUAUGAAAACAAAAUGUAUCUAACACCCAGUGAGAAACAUGUCCUUUUUCAGGUAAUGGGCUUUGGAUUAUACCUGAUGGAUGGAAGUGUCAGUAACAUCUAUAAGCUGGAUGCAAAGAAAAGGAUAAAUUUAGCCAAGAUAGACAAGUACUUUAAGCAGUUGCAGGUUGUCCCACUGUUUGGUGACAUGCAGAUUGAACUUGCCAGAUACAUUAAGACCAGUGCCCAUUACGAGGAAAAUAAAUCCAGAUGGACGUGCACAUCUUCCAGCAGCAGUCCCCAGUACAAUAUAUGUGAGCAGAUGAUCCAAAUCAGAGAAGACCAUAUGCGUUUCAUAUCCGAGCUGGCUCGUUACAGCAACAGUGAGGUGGUGACUGGGUCUGGUCGACAGGAAGCUCAAAAAACAGAUGCGGAAUAUCGGAAGCUCUUUGAUCUCUCUCUCCAAGGCCUGCAGCUUCUCUCCCAGUGGAGUGCCCAUGUCAUGGAAGUGUACUCGUGGAAGCUAGUUCACCCAACUGACAAAUAUUCCAAUAAAGAUUGUCCUGACAAUGCAGAGGAGUAUGAAAGAGCAACAAGAUACAAUUAUACGAGCGAGGAGAAGUUUGCUUUGGUUGAGGUGAUUGCCAUGAUCAAAGGUCUUCAGGUGCUGAUGGGACGAAUGGAGAGUGUUUUCAAUCAUGCCAUUCGUCAUACAAUUUACGCAGCUCUUCAGGACUUUGCCCAGGUCACACUCAGGGAGCCAUUAAGACAAGCCAUUAAAAAGAAGAAAAAUGUCAUUCAGAGUGUUUUGCAGGCCAUAAGGAAGACAGUGUGUGACUGGGAAGCAGGUCAUGAGCCAUUCAAUGACCCAGCUCUAAGGGGAGAGAAGGACCCCAAAAGUGGUUUUGACAUCAAAGUCCCAAGACGUGCAGUGGGACCUUCCAGCACUCAGCUUUACAUGGUGAGAACUAUGUUAGAGUCCCUCAUUGCUGACAAAAGUGGUUCCAAGAAAACCUUGAGAAGUAGCCUUGAGGGGCCCACCAUAUUGGACAUAGAAAAAUUCCAUCGCGAGUCUUUCUUCUACACUCAUUUGAUAAAUUUCAGUGAAACACUGCAGCAAUGCUGUGAUCUGUCCCAGCUGUGGUUCAGGGAAUUCUUCUUAGAGCUGACCAUGGGCAGAAGAAUCCAGUUUCCCAUUGAGAUGUCCAUGCCUUGGAUUUUGACGGAUCAUAUUUUGGAGACAAAAGAGGCAUCAAUGAUGGAGUAUGUUCUGUAUUCUUUGGACCUUUACAAUGAUAGUGCUCAUUAUGCACUUACCAAAUUUAAGAAGCAGUUCCUCUAUGAUGAAAUUGAGGCAGAGGUAAACCUGUGUUUUGACCAAUUUGUCUACAAGCUGGCAGACCAAAUAUUUGCAUACUACAAGGCAAUGGCUGGCAGCCUGCUUCUGGAUAAACGGCUGCGUUCAGAGUGCAAGAACCAGGGAGCAACCAUUCAGCUGCUGCAGUCCAACCGCUACGAGACACUGCUGAAACAGAGACAUGUUCAACUCCUUGGCAGGUCCAUAGACCUGAACCGGCUGAUCACUCAGCGCAUUUCGGCAGCCAUGUACAGGUCGAUGGAACUGGCCAUCGGCAGAUUCGAGAGCGAGGAUUUGACUUCCAUUGUGGAGCUGGAUGGCUUGAUAGAGAUAAACAAAAUGACUCACAAGCUUCUGAGUAGGUAUAUGACCUUGGACAGCUUUGAUGCCAUGUUCAGAGAAGCCAACCACAAUGUUUCAGCCCCUUACGGCAGAAUCACUCUUCACGUCUUUUGGGAACUCAAUUAUGAUUUCCUUCCAAACUACUGCUACAAUGGAUCCACUAACAGAUUUGUUCGGACCGUGCUGCCAUUUUCUCAGGAGUUUCAGCGUGAUAAGCAGCCUAAUGCACAGCCACAGUAUCUCUAUGGAUCAAAGGCAUUGAAUUUGGCAUAUUCCAGCAUUUACAGCAACUACAGGAAUUUUGUUGGUCCCCCUCACUUUAAAGUCAUCUGUAGACUUCUUGGAUAUCAGGGCAUUGCUGUGGUGAUGGAGGAGUUGCUGAAAGUUGUCAAGAGUCUGCUACAAGGGACCAUUCUUCAGUAUGUCAAGACCCUAAUGGAAGUGAUGCCUAAGAUCUGUAGGUUACCAAGACAUGAGUAUGGUUCUCCAGGUAUCUUGGAAUUUUUUCACCAUCAGUUGAAGGACAUUGUUGAAUAUGCAGAACUGAAGACUGUCUGCUUCCAGAAUUUACGGGAAGUGGGAAAUGCUGUCCUGUUUUGCCUUCUCAUUGAACAGAGUCUGUCUCUAGAGGAAGUGUGUGACCUGUUGCACGCAGCGCCAUUCCAAAACAUCCUGCCCAGGGUUCACGUCAAAGAGGGUGAAAGACUUGAUGCUAAAAUGAAGAGACUGGAAUCAAAAUAUGCUUCACUACAUUUGGUUCCUCUCAUUGAAAGACUUGGCACACCCCAGCAAAUAGCAAUCGCAAGGGAAGGGGACUUGCUGACCAAAGAACGCCUCUGCUGCGGCCUGUCCAUGUUUGAGGUCAUCCUGACCAGGAUCCGCUCCUUCCUGGAUGAUCCCAUCUGGCGCGGACCCCUGCCCAGCAACGGGGUGAUGCAUGUGGACGAGUGUGUGGAAUUCCAUCGCCUCUGGAGCGCAAUGCAGUUCGUCUACUGCAUCCCCGUGGGAACACACGAGUUCACUGUGGAGCAGUGCUUUGGGGACGGCUUGCAUUGGGCUGGCUGUAUGAUCAUCGUGCUUUUGGGACAGCAGCGGCGCUUUGAUGUGUUGGAUUUCUGCUACCACCUGUUGAAAGUCCAAAAGCAUGAUGGCAAAGAUGAGGUUAUCAAGAAUGUGCCUUUGAAGAAAAUGGUUGAGAGAAUUCGCAAGUUCCAGAUUCUGAAUGAUGAAAUAAUUGCUAUUUUGGACAAGUAUUUGAAGUCCGGUGAUGGAGAGAGCACACCCGUGGAACACGUGCGCUGCUUCCAGCCGCCAAUUCAUCAGUCCCUUGCCAGCAACUAGAUUCUCACCUAACAAUACUUUUUGCACCUCUUUAGGCUGAAAGUGUGAGAAAAAAAAAAGCAAGAAACAAAACCCACACCAACAGUUUUAAAGAAUACUCUCAUCUGUGUUUUUCAGUAUGCCUGUGCCAUUUGAGGGGCACAGUGUUCUCUCCAGUUUCCAAGCACAGUAACUGUAUACAAUCCAUACUUAUUUUUCUAGACUAAAAUUUUAUACACUUUGAUUAAAAUCCUGUAAGAUUUUUGGAAUCUCUUUGCAUUCCUGUCCCGAGAUGGCCAUUUUAGACUGGACUGGUAUAAUUUUCCCCUGAAGCUAUAGAAAUAAUGGCUGUGGAGGAUAAAAAACGGUUCUGUAGAAAAAAUUUUUAGAAAUCAAUGCAUAAUUGUUUGUAUUAGAGCCUUAAUUGCUUAAUUUGCCUUUAUUAAAAAAAAAGAGAAAAAAAAACCACAAAAGAAAACAACUCUGCUGGUGCUUUGUGAAUAAUUUUCUAGUUAGUUGAUUCUUCUUCCUCUUUGCAAAACUCUUCUCAGAGAUCAGUAAUUAUGGAAAUGAAGGCUAUUUAAAGUGUUUGUUUCAAAGUUAUUUAACAUGGAGGUGCCCAAUAGGAUUCUGAUCUUUUUAAAAGGUGGAAGUUUGAUUAGAAUGGGGACUGUUUACUCUUUCCUAAUGAGAGCUUCUAACACAGUUUAUAUAUUGGUUUGCAGUACAUACCUGCAUACCCAAACAUGUUUACAAGUGAUGAGGAAUUCUUGUUUAUGAGAAUCUUGACUACAGUGAUCCAUCCAUUACAGGUGUAACCCAUCCCAGUACAUAAACUCUAGUGAUGUUAAUCAUGAUUUAUUAUGGAAAGUAUUUGCUAAAUUUCACUUGCUGUAUAAUGCAAACACUGCAUCGGUAAAAUUGUAAAACUUUGCAAUAGAAGUUGAAUUUUAAAGCAAACUAUUCAGCCAAAAGUAGUAACUCCUGCUUGCUUACUCCAGGAUUCUGUCAGUUUGACAGCUGGCUUUGGGAUCAGCCCUAACUAAGAUGUUAAGAUGGCCAGAACAGAUGAUGUGUUUCACCCAGGAUAUGGAUUCAUGGAGAUGUUACUCGGUUAGUGUUUCUGACCCAUAGUGUGAAACCAAGAAUGCAUCCCUUUGAGAACCUGUCUUUUUUCCUUUCCUCCUACUUGUUCAUGGUUAGGUUACAGUACAUCUUUUCUCCCAGUCAGCUCUUUCCAGGUGCUUCACAGCCACGAACUGACUCCAACAGUGGGUAGAAAUGAGCAUCUGACAGAAGAGGUACACAGGAAGUGAGGAAUAUGUAGGUAUUGGAGUGGCACAGAACUCCAUUUUGAGGAAAGAAGUUAACUGAAAUUUCCUCAGCAAAACAGGAUGGAGAUUUUCCAGGCACUCUAUCAGCAAAUUUCCACAAUCACAGGUUUCCCUAGGACAUCUGUGCUUGAGAGCUGCCAUUCUGGAGUGGUGUCUGUCAUGGUGAGGGUGCACACAAGGCUGCCCGGUGCGUGGGAGACAGAAGUCAGAGGCAUUUGUGCUUUGUUACACCAGCUUAUUGCAGGAUUUCUCUUACAAGGUGUUUAACAGAUGAUUUUCUUUAAGAAAUAGUCUUUGAGUUCACAGAAGACUUUUGGUCAGCCGGAUGCUUCCCUGUGCUUACAGCUUCUGUUAAGCAAAUAAACAACUUUCAUAUUUGCUGA